CGAGAACGUUUGAGCAGAAACUGACAAAGAGAAUUCAGAGAAAAGAGGUGGAAAGACUCUGCCUUCGCCUUCCUGCAGGCGUCGAUCUCUUGUUCGGCUCCAUGUCUGCGAUGUUUCUCGCCAUAUUUUGAGUUGUUCCUCUCUCUCACGAUAGAAAGUUGGAGAGAAAAGCAGUUGAAAGACAAAAGAAGGGAGGACAGAAACAAACACAGCUUCGGCACAAGGAGUCUCCUCUCUUCUCUCCCUUCUCCCUCUGUCUUCUUCCCGUGUCUUCAUUCCGUCUCUUCUUUGUCUUCUUCCUUCGUCUUCUUCCUUGGUAAUCUUCAGUCUCUUUUUCCUUCUUUCCCCAUGUUUUGCUUCUCUUUUCUCUCCCCUCCCCUUCGCUCUUCGUUGCGAUUUCUUCUUUCAUUCGUAGAGAGAGAAAAAGGUUUGUAUCUGUCAUCCGCCUCCAUCCCGCAUGGAGCGCGACUGCCCGCUCUCGGCACCCAGGGCUCUCUGGGAGCGAGCUGAGACAAUUUCGUCUUCAUCUCCUUCCCCAUCCUCUUCCGUCUCUCCAUCUCCUUCCCCAUCCUCUUCCGUCUCUCCAUCUCCUUCCUCAUCCUCUUCCGUCUCUCCAUCUCCUUCCCUGUCAUCCUCUCUUCGAUCGUCGCCCCCUUCGUCCUCUCAUUUCUCUUCGGCGUCUUCCUCUUCUUCACAAGUCAUGUCGUCUUCCAUUUGUCUUUCUCGUUCGUUAGUGUGUGUUUCUUCUUCGUCAGAUUUGACGCGUUCCUCGUCUGGUUCCUUGUCUUGUUCGUCACAGAUUCGUUCUUUCCUUCCUUCCCCAUACUGUCGGCCUUCCGCCUGUUGCGCUGAGUCUUCUUCUGCAGUUUCUUCGUCUGUGUCUGUCUCGCUUUCUUCCUCUACCUCGUCGGUCACCUCUGUGUAUCCUGCUGGUCGCGCAAUCAAGAGGCGAACGGCUGCUGAAGUUGUCUCCUCGUUUUCGCGGGUGCUUCUCUGUUCUGUUCUCCUCGUUUCUCUGUCGCCAUUCUUUGUCGGAGCCUCGCCUGUUCGUUCUUCGCGGGCGGUCCGGCGCGCAUCUCCGGUGGCUGCGCCGUCAUUUUUUUCGCCGACCGGUUUUGUUUGUUCUCGACCUUCUGCCUUCCUCUCUGCAGCGUCCUCUCUUGCGAGAGAUUCUGUCGCGCCUUGCCUGUCCUUUUCGCCAGCCUCACUCGUGUCUGGCUGCUUUCCCUCGCCUCUCUGUGUCGUUUCGUCCUUCCUCGAAAAGCGUUCUUCUCCGCCUUCUUCAAGCUGCGCCGCCGGCCCUCUGCGGUCCACUGCGGCGCCCCCGCUGCUCGCCGCACCGCUGGCCCUCGUCACCUGGCCAGGUCAGUGUCCAUCCGCCGGCGAGACGCGGCCGGCGGCGCGGCCAAGGAACUUCGCCUUCUCGCUCAUCGACUCUUUGCUUGCUUCGGCAACUGCCGCGCGGCGCUGGGCGGCGAAGCCUUCUGGACUCCAGAUCUCCCUCGAAACCGAGAAACGCGAAGAACCGGGAAGCGAGAAGGCACUCGAGAGUCAGGAUCGAGGAGACGCGGGAGACAGAAGCACCCGCCAGAAGCAAGAGAAACGGAGAAACAGGAAGCGGCGAAAAGACUCUCCAGAGGAAGUAGAUGAGAAGGAAGAGGACGGAACAAGGAACACCAAGGACGAGAAGAAGAAGAAAGAAGACGCGAAAGAAGACGAGAAAGAAGGGCAGAAAGAAGAGAAGGAAGCGGAAGGUGAAGAAGGAGAGAAGGAAGCAGAGGAGAAUGAGAAACGUCUUCGUCUUUCGAAGGCACUGAAAAACGUCCUUUUCGAUGAAAGUCUCGACCUGGACGCACUGGCAAAUGCAGCAGAGGACGGUCAACGGGCUCACCAGGCUUGGGAAGUUGAUUACAAAGACUUAGAUCCAUCGGGACCUUUCCAGCAGGAGUUCCUGAAGGCACACUACCGGCGGGGCUUUCGCCUGCACGAGGCCGACUGCGGAAGCGAGGGCUUCCAGGUGGCGUCCCUCACUGCGAGAAUAAAUUACCUCACUCAACAUAUGGUCCGCCACCGAAAGGAUCUUUCUUGCGUCCGCGGACUCAGAGCCCUCGUCGUUCGAAGACGAAAGCAUUUGCAGUAUCUCGCGCGGAAGAAACCUGAGACAUACCUUCGCGUUCUGCGUGCUCUCAACCUCAAACCUGUUGUCGUUCCAGGGAGUGCAGCGAAGUUCGACAAGAGACUGCAAUACGCAUGUUUCACCUCUGUCAAACGAGGUCCGAAGCUAAAGGCUCGAAAAGAGCGAGAACGACGCCUCGCGUCGGCGGCGCUGGAGCAGAGACAGCGGAGAAGGGAUGCGGCCGCCUCAGAAGUCACGCGCGCCUUCGCAGCUUCGCUGAAGGUCGUCCGAUCGCAUGCAGCGCUCCUGGAACACACAGGCGCGGCUCCAGACCCUUCCGAGGAUGGCACAGAAGGCAGAGCUGGAGAGCGACAUGACUGAAAAAAGGAGAGAAGGAGAGGCGGAAGAGGAGACAGAGGAGAACAAGGAGAGACAAAAGGGCACAAGGAGGAGAGACAUAAGAGAAGAAGCGAGAGAGAUAGAAGAGAGGAGAGACCUCCGCAAAAUGUUUAGGGAGAAUUU